CAGAAUAAAUCAUUUUUAUAUUGAGAUUUAGAGUCUAGAGAGAGAGAGAGAGAGAGAGAGAGAGGAGAGAGAUCUCCGGCGUAGGCGAAACAGAACUACGAUUACGAGGGGUUUCGUGGCUUUGUAUCGGCGUCUGUUCACUCUGCCGAUAACUGUGUUAUUCCGUUGAGCCUUUCUGAAUCGGGCGGUUGAACGGUGGUUGUGAAAUCUCGGCCGCCGGGGAAUUAGAACUCUAACCGAUCUCCAAGAUCUGCCAUGCCGAUUGUAGAAUUUGUAGUCCACUGCUAAUACCGUACCCUCAGAUGGCUCUCGCAUUAUAGGAUUUGGUGUACUGCUUCCUUUGUUCUGAUUUCUGUGCAGGGAAGGCUCUUGGCUGUUGCCAUCUCUGUUGGUGAGAUCUGACGGCUUGUGUUGUCUACUUACUCAAACAACCUUGUUUUGACCAAGAUGGCUGUGGCAAUUUUCAAAAGUCCACUUGGUAGGGAGUACCAUGGAAACAAGAGGAUGGAAGGGAAACCUGCAGGCAGCAGACGUGUUUUUGUGCAGACUGAGACUGGUUGUGUACUUGGGAUGGAGUUAGACCGCAUUGACAAUGCACAUACUGUGAAAAGAAGAUUGCAGCUUGCACUCAAUGUCCCAACUGAGGAGAGCUCUUUGACAUUUGGUGAUUUGGUGUUGAAGAAUGACCUCAGUGCCAUUCGGAAUGAUUCUGCACUUCUUUUGACUAGGAACUAUAUGCAUAGAAGUUCAUCAACUCCCUGUCUUUCACCCACUGGUGCAGAGAUCCAGCAGAGAGAUCAAAGUGGUCCUAUUGAGAUAUUGGGGCAGUCUAGUAGCUUUGCCAAAACAAAACAACUUGUCAAGGAAAUUGUUAAAGGAAUGAAGGCCGGGGUUGACCCCCUCCGAGUCCAUAGCGGACUUGGGGGUGCAUAUUAUUUUAGAAACAGCAAAGGAGACAGUAUUGCCAUUGUGAAACCAACUGAUGAAGAACCCUAUGCACCAAACAAUCCAAAAGGAUUUGUGGGCAAAACUUUAGGGCAACCUGGCUUGAAACGUUCAGUCAGGGUUGGUGAAACAGGUUUCAGAGAAGUUGCUGCCUAUCUGCUUGACUAUGAUCAUUUUGCUAAUGUGCCACCCACUGCAUUGGUGAAAAUCACGCAUUCAAUAUUCAAUGUAAAUGAUGGUGUAAAUGGGAACAAACCUCAUAAGGAGAGGCAACUUGUCAGCAAGAUUGCAUCUUUUCAACAGUUCAUCCAGCAUGAUUUUGAUGCCAGUGACUAUGGAACCUCAAGCUUCCCAGUUGCUGCUGUACAUCGUAUUGGGAUAUUAGAUAUUAGGAUUUUUAACACAGAUAGGCAUGGAGGAAAUAUUUUAGUUAGGAAAGUUGAUGGUGUUGGGAGGUUUGGUCAAGUGGAACUCGUUCCUAUUGACCACGGCCUCUGCUUACCAGAAAGCUUGGAGGAUCCAUACUUUGAGUGGAUUCAUUGGCCACAGGCUUCUAUUCCAUUCUCAGAUGAUGAACUUGAGUACAUAAAGAAGCUUGAUCCUUUCCAUGAUUCUGAGAUGCUGCGAAGUGAACUCCCAAUGAUUCGUGAAGCAUGCCUUAGAGUAUUGAUCCUUUGCACCAUUUUCCUCAAGGAAGCUGCUGCCUAUGGGCUGUGCCUAGCAGAAAUUGGUGAGAUGAUGAGCAGAGAAUUCCGUAGUGGUGAUGAGGUGCCGAGUGAACUAGAGACUGUAUGUAUUGAGGCGAGUAAACUGAUUGCAGUGGAAGAGAUGUUAUCUCCCCGAGUAGAAGUUGAUGAUGGGAGUUUUCAUUUUGACAUUGAGUGUGAAGAUUAUAGGUACGAGUGUAUGCCAAAAAUGGCCUCUGCGGAGUUCAUGACCAGGAAUGCAUUUCAGUUUGCAUUUGGAGGGAAUGGCCAAUGGCCGCUUUCUAAACUUGAUGAGAGUACUCAAGAGGAAGAGGAAAGUGAAGAGGAGGCAGAGAUCUCCACUGGUGGUCCUGUUGUGACUAACAACGAGCACAUUCCAAUUCCAAUUCUAUCCAAGUCUCUUAAAAAUACCAGUUUGGGUGAGAAGAAACUCGGGCUCCCUAAUCCUUCCGGAACAAAACCAGAAAAUGGAUACCUGGCUUGUUCAUCAUCUGGGUACCGGAGCGCAGACGAGCAGCUCCCUGCUAGCGUUAGCUUUGUGAAGCUAGCAGAUAUGACCGAUGAAGAGUGGGCAACAUUCUUAGAGAAGUUCCAAGAAUUGCUCUACCCUGCAUUUGCAAAGCGGAGGUCAGUGACUGUGGGUCGGAAGCAGCUUCAGAGGCUUGGAACUUCUUGCCAGUUUUGACCUUUUCAGCGGCUCGGAACAUCGUUCUUGCUAGGUUUGAGUUUUAAGGCACUGUCUUACUAUGAAUAUAAGCAUUAAGCAGGUAUGGAAUAAGAGUUUGCUGGCUUGUGGAAAGUAAAGGAUUCGGAUCCUAGCAUAGGUAAUAGGUGAUUGGUGGCGGGAGUGGUAGUAGAAGGCCGGAGCUGUAUAUAGUUUUGUAGGCAGCAGCCGUUCGAAUAUGAGUCUUUGUUAGAUAAAUAAGUUGUAGAGUGUAUUGUGAAAAGGAAAACAAGAAAGCAAUGUAAAUAUUGGAUUUCUUUUUUCUUGUACUGUCAUUUUUCUUUGUAUUUCUUUCAAGUAAAUAAAGUUCCAAUAGAGA